CCCGCCAUCCAAAUCCAACAUUCCUCCCCCAAAUUGUCUCCCAUCCCCAAAGUAAAAACCGCCAAUUCCCCUCCCGGCGAGCCACAAUGCCGACUCUCCGCAGCGCGACGGCGAACGCGUCGUCCGUGGCCGUGGGCACGCCAUCCCCUGCGGCGGCGAGCACGCCGCGCAGCGUCAAGCGCCGGCUGACGCCAGGCCGCGCCGGCGAGUUGCCCGCCGCGUCGCGGCACACCUCCCCUCACAGAUCCCCGCACGCCGGCACCGGAACCGUAUGCAUGCCGAAGCUGCUCUCCGCGUCGCCGAAGUCCUCCAGGAAGCGUCUCUACGGCGACCUUGUCGCAGCCGAGAAGCCCAAGUGGAAUCCCCGAGAUGCCGCGCAGAUGAGGGCUGUCAAGGAGGCGCUGCACGUGGCAACAGUGCCGUCGUCUGAAUUGGUUUGCCGGGACAACGAGCUCAGGCGCGUCCUUGAGUUCUGUAAGGCUAGUGUUGAGCAGGAGAAGGCUGGUAGCCUCUAUGUCUGUGGGUGCCCUGGCACAGGGAAGACAUUGUCUAUUAACAAGAUCAAGGAUAGCUUGGUGUGUUGGGCGGAUGAGAUGGGAAUGGAGACACCUGAUUCCUUAGCAAUCAAUUGUACAAACCUAGCCAACACCUCAGAGAUUUUUGGCAAGAUACUAGGAAAAUUUCAGAACCGAAAGAAAGGAAGCAGCAAAUUGUCGCCACUUCAGCAACUUCAGAGCAUGUUUUCCAGCAAGGAUUCAGCUCCAAGAAGAAUGAUGCUGGUCAUUGUGGAUGAGAUGGACUACUUAAUAACAAGAGACCGUGCUGUGCUACAUGAUCUUUUCAUGCUUACGACUUGUGCAUUCUCUAGAUGCAUACUAAUAGGAAUUGCAAAUGCCAUAGACUUAGCAGAUCGGUUUCUUCCAAAGCUUGAAUCCUUAAACUGCAAGCCUCUUGUUGUGACUUUUCGAGCAUAUUCCAAGGAUCAAAUAUCUGACAUUGUUAAGCAUAGGCUAAAGGGUCUUGAGUAUGAUGUUUUUGAACCACUAGCUCUGGAGUUUUGUGCUAGAAAAGUUGCAGCAGCCUCUGGUGACAUGAGAAAAGCUCUAGGCGUUUGCAGGAGUGCUGUGGAGGUUCUUGAAGCAAGGCUACAAGAUUCCCCUGAUCAAGAACUAGGAAUAGUGACAUUUGACCAUAUGGAUAUAGCUUUGUCAAAAGCAUUCAAGUCAGCAGUCAUAGAUAGCAUACUAUGUCUUCCCCAGCACCAACAGAUGGUGCUGUGUGCGUUGGCAAAUACUUUUCAGCAUUGCAAGAAAAAGGCUACUACUCUAGGCGAGCUCAACAAAUCGUACAUUGAGAUUUGUAGAUCAACCCAAGUUCCAGCAGUUGGAAUGCUUGAAUUUUCUAACAUGUGUAUGGUUUUGAGCGAUCAGGGGUUCAUGAAGCUAGGGCAAUCCAAGGAAGAUAAGCUUAGGAGAGUAACACUUCAGAUUGACAGUUCAGAUAUCACUUUUGCCUUUAAGGGAAAUCGUUUCUUUCAAAAAUGCCUGGAGCAGCCAAGAUGCUAACUAGACUCACAGUAGAUCAAUGCAUGUAGCCAAUUGUUGUUAUACACUACAGUAUUUAGUUUAUUGACAUUGUCAAGUACCAGCAGUUUCAACCCUGGAUGUGCUACUCAGGUACUUUCAUUCAACAUGAUCAAAUCUUGGUUACAUCAUGAAGCUCUUUCUUGGAGUGCGGAGAUAAGUGUACAUGUGAUGAGUUAUGAUAGUAUUAUGUGACACAAUUCUUCCAAAGGAUAGCUGAGUGUAGUUAUGAUUUCUCAAUUUUUGGUUCUUCCACAACUGAUCGAUCAAGUAGCUAACCAUUUUUUUGAGGCAAACAUGUAUCUAAUCAUUGAGCAUACCAAGAACGUUUAUUGGCACAUUUCUUGCUGAUAGUUGAAAUCAGUAAUGAGAAACUGCAAUUUAAUGUCUCUGCGAAA